AUGCACCCACUCGCAGCUGACGAAUCCUCGACUUAUCCCAUUGGUGCAGAAACAGUGCACGGAGACCUCUACGUAGAUGACUUAAUAGCUGGAGGCGAUUCGACGGAAGAAGUACUGUAUAUCAAACUGCAAACAACUAGCCUCCUUGGUCAAGGAAACUUUAAGUUUAAGUGGGGCUCUAAUAGUCCAGGCAUCCUUCGUGAUGUUCCUGAUGUAGGCAAGGAAAGUUUCCUUAAGUUUGACGAUGGUAGUGACAUCACCAAAGCUCUGGGAAUAAUCUUGGAUUCGGUCAAGGACAAGCUGUUAUUUUCAUUUGUGCCACAACGAGAACUCGGUAAAAACUCAAAACGCUCUGCGUUGUUUACUCUAGCUCGCUGUUACGAUCCCCUUGGACUAAUUGGCCCUACGCUGACCAAGGCGAAGAUUCUGCUGCAACGGAUGUGGAGAGAUAAGCUUGAGUGCGAUGUCAGUCUACCGCAAUUGUUAAACACCGCCUGGUCUGCCUUUUGCAACGGGUUUGCAGACACACAGCAUCUAUCAUUUCCUCGUUACGUCUUGCAGCCUGGGGCUAUUACAGAAAUUCAUGCAUUUUGCGAUGCAAGGCUUGAAGCUUUUGAGGCUUGGGUUUAUACACGCUCAGCCAAGGAUAGCAACGUACAAGUGUACCUGUUGUGUUCGAAGGCUCGUGUCGCUCCACUGAAGACUAUUACCGUGCCCAAGCUGGAACGCUGUGCAGCAACAAUGAUUGCACAACUCAUGGAAAAUCCAGAGGAUUUACAUGUGCUAACGCCAGGCCAAUUUUGA